AUGUCCGGUUCAGUCCGAGCCGCGGGCCGCCCUGACCCUCAGCCCCGGGAGCCGAGCUCCAGUCCGAGGCCCAGGUGGGGCCUGGUACUGGCCGGCGCGGCGGGCGGGGCGGCGCUGGCUCUGUACGUGGCGGCGGCGCCGUUCGUGGCGCCGGCUCUGCGGAGGGUGUGUCUGCCCUUCGUGCCCGCCAGCCCGGCCCAGGUGGACAACGUGCUGCGGCUGCUCGCGGGCCGCCGGGGGGCCCUGGUGGACAUCGGCAGCGGCGACGGGAGGAUCGUAAUUGAAGCAGCAAAGCGAGGAUUUCGAGCUGUGGGAUAUGAACUGAAUCCCUGGUUGGCCUGGUACUCCAGGUACAGAGCCUGGCGGGUCGGAGUACACCACAGCACUACAUUUUACAUCUGUGACUUAUGGAAGGUGAAUUUCUCAGAAUUUAACAAUGUUGUCAUAUUUGGAGUUCCUCAGAUGAUGCCACAGUUAGAAGAGAAACUUCAGCAAGAGCUGAAGGGAAGUGCCAGAGUCAUCGCUUGCCGCUUCCCAUUCCCCAGCUGGACUGCCAGCCAUGAGUCUGGAAAGGGUAUCGACACUGCCUGGUCAUACGAUUCAAAAUCAUUUAAAAUAACAGGGAACGAAAGUCUAAAUAAAACAACGGAAAGGACAGGGCCGGUGUGAUUUUCAUAUCCCUAUGGUGUAGCUAUAGAGCUGCCCUUCAGAAUUCAAGCACUGGAACACUUUGACCAGUCAACAGAAACCAGUCUGCAGCUGCAAUGUUUUCAAGCAAUGGCAUCAGAAUAAUUGAUUAUUGUUACGUGUCUAUCUUGUACAAAGCGGAUGUGGAUGAGAAACAACACUUAUGUAAAUGUGAGGAAACUACAGUAUUUUGACUUUCUUACCUCUACAAGUCUCAUCCAAGUAAAUUAUUGCUUUUCAUGAAUUUGGGAGUUCAGAGGUGAUUACAUCCCUCAUUACUCCUUCUCGACACUUCUCUCCUACCCCCCUCCCCACCUUCUCUCCUUCCAGGUCUGUUCCAUUGGCUUCCUACCAGGCUUCGCGACCACAUCACUCCUACCCUCGCUCGCC